CGCACCUCCCCGGCCCGCCCGGGGCAGGCAGGCAAGCCCAGCCCUCGCCUGACGGCACAUGGCAGCGGAGCGCUCGGCUGCGCCGCAGGUUAGCUAGGGCCGGGCUCUGGCCAGCGCAUCCAGGCUCUCUAGGUCCGCCGAGUUACCGCAGGGAUUAAAAUGCAGCUGGCCGCCUGCUUCUUUUUGGGCUGCGGCAUAUUCUUAGCUUCAGGAUACAACUCCUUCAGUAAGAGCAUGGAGACGAUAGGCAAGAAGCAGUACCAGGUUCAGCACGGGUCGUGCAGCUACACCUUCCUUCUGCCCGAGGCGGACAACUGCCGCUCCUCCACCCCGUACGUGUCCAACGCGGUGCAGAGGGACGCACCUCUGGACUAUGAUGAUUCAGUUCAAAGACUGCAGCUACUUGAGAACAUCAUGGAAAACAACACUCAGUGGCUAAUGAAGCUUGAGAAUUACAUCCAAGACAGUAUGAAGAAAGAAAUGGUAGAGAUCCAGCAAACUGCAGUGCAGAACCAGACUGCAGUAAUGAUUGAAAUAGGCACAAACUUGCUAAAUCAAACAGCUGAACAGACCCGCAAAUUAACAGAUGUUGAAGCACAAGUAUUAAACCAGACAACCCGACUUGAACUUCAGCUUUUGGAACACUCUCUUUCAACAAACAAACUAGAAAGACAGAUUUCAGAUCAGACCAAUGAGAUAACUAAAUUACAAGAAAAAAACAGCUUUUUAGAAAAAAGAGUUCUUGAGAUGGAAGACAAGCACAUGCUUCAGCUGAAGUCAAUAAAAGAUGAAAAAGAUCAGCUUCAAGUCCUAGUAGCCAGACAGAAUUCUAUUAUAGAAGAACUAGAAAAACAGUUAGUUACAGCUACAGUAAACAACUCAGUUCUGCAAAAACAGCAACAUGAUCUGAUGGAGACAGUUCAUAGCUUGCUUACUAUGAUAUCGACACCAAACUCUAAGAACAAAUUCAUAGCCAAAGAGGAGCAAAUCAGCUUCAAAGACUGUGCUGAAGCUUUCAAAUCUGGAAUGACAACAAGUGGAAUCUACACUCUAACAGUUUCAAACACUGCACAAGAGAAGAAGGCCUACUGUGACAUGGAAACUGGUGGAGGAGGCUGGACAGUUAUUCAGAAACGAGAAGAUGGCAGUGUGGACUUCCACCGGACGUGGAAGGAGUACAAGAUGGGAUUUGGCGAUCCUGCUGGGGAGUACUGGCUGGGAAAUGAGUUUGUUUCUCAACUAACUAAUCAGAAGCGUUAUGUUCUUAAAAUACAACUGAAAGACUGGGAAGGAAACGAGGCAUAUUCAUUGUAUGACCACUUCUCUCUAGCAAGUGAAGAACAAAAAUACAGGAUUUACCUUAAAGGACUUACUGGGACAGCGGGCAAAAUAAGUAGUAUAAGCCAACCAGGAAAUGAUUUUAGCACAAAGGAUGCAGACAAUGACAAAUGUAUUUGCAAAUGUUCACAAAUGCUAACAGGAGGAUGGUGGUUUGAUGCUUGUGGUCCUUCUAACCUCAAUGGAAUGUAUUAUCCAUUACGACAGAACAACAACAAGUUUAAUGGGAUCAAGUGGUACUACUGGAAGGGCUCGGGAUACUCUCUCAAAGCUACGACUAUGAUGAUUCGACCAGCAGAUUUCUAAAUGCUUUGUCAUUAUGUGAAUUUUGUAUUAUAUAGUCUUCAAAGACUUAUUUUACCAAGCAACUUGUCUCAUUUUUUCAAGCCCAGAAACAUGCUCCAGUGUUCUGAAGUGUCAGUUCAGUACAGUUCUUGAACUGCAAUCGCCUUGAUCAGCUAAAGCUCAUAUUAUUCAACCAGACACAAUGUCUAAAGCAUCGACCUGAUAUAACAGUGAUUUGGCCAAAUGACUCAAUAAAAAGAACAUCCAAGAAACCGUCAGACAACUUAAGGACUCUGUUUUACUGAUCAUUUAUGUUAUGUAUGUGUUAGUAAAUAACUGGAACUGUGAAAAAAACCCUAAAAUAGUUUUAGGAAUAUGCAUUUUGCCUCACCACUGAACUUUAAACAUUAAUAUAAAACACUUAGCUAGUUUUAGAACUAUUUAUCUUUCUGUGCCAUGUGAGCCCUAUAUGUACAUAAAAAAAAUCUUUUCUGUAAUUAGCUCAAUCCUAUAGUUAGGGAAUACAUUCUUUUCCCCCACAGUCUCCCGAACAACUUCGUAUACUUAUUUGAGGACUUUUUCCAGUAGCCUGUAUGACUAUAUUUAACAGACGACAAAUAGCAUUUAAGCAGUUUGCAUUUAUUCCUGAGAAAUACCAUUUACAAAAGUCAUCAUUUUUCCAGUUUGUUUCAGUCACUGUCUUUAAAUUACAGAAAUUCCCUAUGAAUUAAAAUAUAGCAUGUAUUCCUAUACAUUUUUAUGGAGAUUGCACUUUUUUUCUUCCCUUGUCAUUUACCUGUAAAAUAACUGACCAGUAUUUUGUAAACCGAGACAACGGCAUUAACACCAGAUGUCCAGUUGUCAAUGACAAUCAUGUAUCACCUGGUGAUGUAAUAUAACUAUAUGUUUUGUAAAAAUUACCUAACUGAAAAACAUAUGCAUGUUCUUUAAUACAAUUAAAUUUAUGCUUAUGACUUAAGAUACAAAUUACUACAUUUUAAGAACAGGAAGAAAAAUAAUCUGAAAAUUAUCUAAGGUCACACUAUGGUUUUUUUUUUUCAGUGAGGUUAGGACUUCUCCCUAAAAAUUCUCUGUAGGUAGGUCUCAAGGUACACCACAAUGUGAAUAAAUUUCUCUACUGGGUGAUCUUUCCUUUUUUUUUUUUUCCCUUCAUUUUAUUACUAUAUGCUUUAAAAUUGCAAAUCAGAUUGAGAAGAUACUUCUUCAUACAUCACAAUAACUUAGUGGAGGUUUUUCUCCAAAUUCAGUUUAGUUUUUAAUUCUCAUGCUUAUUCUUUGCCUUAUAUUUUUGUAGAACUUUGAUUUCAGCAGAUGACUGAAUUACUUACAAUGCAAGAACUUAACCCAAAAAUAACCAAAAAACCCCAGACAUAUUUCCAGAAGCUAACUCAACAAAAGGUGUUGUAAGGGCAACAAGGCUUGUGAAGGGUCUAGAAAAAAUAUUGCAUGAGGGUUGAGGGAUCUGGGAUUGUUUAGAUGGAGAAGAGGAGGCUCAGCGGGGACCUGAUCACUCCCUGCAAUCACCUGAAAGGAGGCUGUAGUGAGGUGGGGUCUGAUCUCUUUUCUACACUGCUGGUAGUGACAGGCCCAGAAGAAACGGCCUUAAGCUGAAACAGGGCAGAUUCAGAUUAGAUAUUAGAAAAAAAAUUUCAGUGUUACAGUGGUCAGGCAUUGGAACCGGUUGCCCAGAGAGGUCGUGGAGUCACUAUCCCUAGAGGUGUUCAAGAGGCAUCUGGAUCUGGUGGGUGAUGCUGUUUACAGGUUACAGUGGAAGUGCUGGGUGGAUAGUUGGACUGGAUGAUCCUGUAGGUCUCUCUCAACCUUGAUGAUUCUAUGUUUCUGUCUUGAAAAUAGUAAGUGGUUUUGAGAAAGACUGAAUAAAUCUCUCCAUUUUAUAAUGACAAUCA